GAAGCUACCUAAGUUUGAAUAUUAAAGUUAGAGAACGCGCAAAGCUUUUUGGUUGAUAUAUCUCAUGUCCUGAAAUGGACUAAAGGACAUUUUCUUGACUUUGGAUGGAACAAAAGCUCUGUACACUCAUUCCUCGUAAAUAGCAAAGAGAGCGACUGCUCAAAACUUUGUUUAUUUUGAGAUCAUUGUUAAAACACUAAAAUCGACACACCUUGUGACAUGGUGCCCGCCUUUGACCUGGCACGUCUAUACCAGCUUAGAAAGUCUGAUAUACCAAUAAAUUCAUCUGUCACAUUGUUGUAUUCAUGUCGAACAUGUCUUUAGAAACUCAAUUCAUUUCUAUUUCUUUGGUAUUUUCAAUCGGAUAUUGUCAAUGUCAAAAUUGUUAAGAAUAACAAGCGUACAAAUCCUCCUAUCUGACAUGUACAGAAUUGGGCCUUGGCCUACCUUUCGAAAAGGGCAAGAUUGCAUAUAAAUUUUGUAUUUAUGUAUCUAAGCAUUGGUAUCAACGGUAUCGCAUGCGUAUAGUUUUCAUAAUAUCUACGUCAUCCAAGUCUUUGAAAGCUUUAAAAACGUUUUGUGCCAUUCGUUCAUCACAUCGGAUUUUAACGAGAUCGAGGUAUGGGGUUAUGCACACAAGGCACACAGGACAGAAAAGUCAUAAAGUUUUGAUAUUUGAACCUGACGCAUUGAUUUCGAGUGACCGGUGUAUUUUGAAGUAAACAACGUCCCUUGCGACAUAUGACUUAGGUGGUUAUUAGCCAAUAUUGAAGACGGGUAUAGUCAGGGGUAAAUAGCUUCACUGUGGAUAUACGGAGAACUUGGGAGUGUUCCAUCACUGAGGAAUAGGUAAUUGUGAUUUGAUAUCUGUGAAAAAUUCUUCGUAAAAUAUUAAACGGAAUACCUAUCUGCCAGGAACUCUUGUUGUAUUUCGUCGUUCUGAUUAGAAGGAGAGUAAACGUUGGUGACUGAACAGGUUAGACAACAAGACGAAGAUACAACUGUAUUGUCCCUAAUUUCGAGGAUGUGCGGAGAAGCAAGUGGCGUCAUGCGGUGUGUGUCCUUAUUCUGUUUGAUGAUUGUGGUGUUUCUUCCCGACGGAAUGGACGGAACAAUUACAUUUACCUCGCCGGCUGCCAAUCCCCAUACAGUUACCGCUCCAGAGAACGCUCCUCCCACGCCUAUUGCCACGGUUACGGCUACAACCGAUUUAAACGACCCUGCAACAGGUGUUCCUCCGACCAAGAUGUUCUACACCAUGACCUCUGCCCCAGCUGAUGGCAAGUUCAUCAUCGACUCGAGCACCGGCAUUAUCACAGCCGUGGCAAAUGCUUCUUUCGACUUCGAGAACGCAGCCUUAGGUAAACCCACAACAGAUGAGAGUCGCUACGUGCUUACGGUGACAGCAUUCAGUGGUGUCUAUACUGCGACACCCGCUCUUGAAACAGCCAACAUGGUAAUAAACUACGAUAUCACAAAUGUGAACGAAGACAUCGAAAUUACCAACCUACCCAAGUGUCUCAAUGUCUACGAAAACCAAGGCGAGCAAACAAUUGUUGAUGUUAAAGUAAAAGACGGGGAUGACACCACUUCCUUCGAUUCGCCAUUACCGGGACAACAAAAGUAUAAAUUUGUGGAUGAUCCAGCUAGCAAGGAGCCAUUAGGAAAUAGCAAAUUCACAAUCAACAUAAGAACGACCGCUGGCACAGCGGUUACGCGAUACGCGAGUGAUCUGAGAGCAAGACCUCUCAACUAUGAGGAACAAAACAACUACAACAUGUCAAUAUACGCAGAGGAUCUUUUUGGAGCAACAAUCCCCCCUAAUAUCGCCGAUCCCAAGUUGAAGACCAGAAUGCACAAGGUCGAGGUACAGGUCAUCGAUAUCAACGAACGACCUCGGUUCUACGAAACUACGUCUACAUGUGAGGUAGCGGAGAAUACGCCGAUCGGGACAACCGUAUCAACAGGUAUUUACCCAUUCAGAGCCUUCGAUGUGGACAAAUUCCCAGGGCCAAACUGUCUCGGCAAAUGGCCUGAAUCAGUUGAAUACUUCGUCGAGGGAAAGUUUAGCGAAUUAUUCCGGAUGAGCAAUGUGAAUGUGACGGGGGCAGGACACGUGGAUGGGUAUCUUGUCGUUAACGCACUGAUCGACAGAGAAGACCCGGUUAACCCCAGGAAAGGAACCUUUAACCUGUAUGUCAAUGCCCGGGACCAUCGUGGUUUGCGUAUCGCUAACGGAGGUGACGUGACGGUGACAUGCAAAAUCACAGACGUGGACGACAAUCCGACCAUCUGCAAAGAUUACAAAUUCGAAGCAGAACUCCAGGAGAACACCCCUCAUGAUACGCCAGUGCUGACGGUCUCCUGUUCGGAUAAGGAUGAUACCACUACCAACCCAAUAACAUAUGAAAUAAAAGACGUGGGCAUCGAAAAGGAAGCAACCCUGGCAGACCAGUAUUUCCAUUUCGGUAGCAGCGGUAGUAAUCCUAUCAUGACAACGAAAAAAACGCUGAACCUUGAAGGCGGAACAACACUCAAUUUCACGGUGACGGUACGACAGGGCGCAGCCUUCUCUCAAAUGUCCACGACCUUGUCAGUGGACAUAGCAGUCAUCGGAAAAAACGACCACCGACCCACCAUGGACAAAGACUUCUACAACUUCUUCGUUGCUUACAAUGAGAAGGAUGGGUUUGUGAUUGGGAAGGUGUCGGCCAGUGACCUGGAUCAGCCGAAGUCCUCCAUUACCUACUUUCUUGUUGAGAAGGCUGAAGGUAUCCAGCUUGGUACCGCGUCAGGAAAACUCUAUGUCGAUUACACCAACAUCAAAGCGAAGAGUAUAAUUGCUGAGAAGACGCUGGGGACGAACCAAAAAUACUGGAUGAGUGCUCGUGCAAACGAUAACGACAAACCACCAUAUUAUUCCAAUUACGUCUACAUUCGCGUGAACACGUACGUAAAGGAUGAUGUGAUGAUCAACAUUGAAGUUGCUGUAGGAAUAGGGGACUUCUCCGACUCACAGUUAGUCGAGUUCGAGCAGAGCAUAUCCAACAUUUGUAAGCCAUGCAAGGGAAUUUGUCCGGAAAAAUCAGCUAAGGGCGUGAACACGGUGGUCACCUGUUUUGCCCUGACGGACGACAGGACAUUCCAGAAAACCAACAAGGAACAGAAAGUAUCAUUCGUCAGCCAGGACGAACUCAUAGAUUACCUCACCAGUGAGAAGUUAGUCGCUGGCAACAUCUAUGGAUUUGGCACUUACGAUAUAGUGUCGGUCACCAAGUACGGCCAGGGACCGGAUCUGCUGCCACUCUGGAUCGUGCUGGGAAUCCUCGGCUUCAUCGGGCUUCUCUGCGGUCUGGCAUUCGCCAUCAAGGCAUGCAUAUCCCAUGGGCUGUGCAAAUCCAAACCAUCUCAACCAAAACCACCAAAGAAACAACUCCACCCCGAAAGUUAUGAUGUGGACACAUUCAACUUUAAUUACGCUGCUCACGACAAGGGACCCAUCUAAACAAGAUACCAACCAGAGGCGAUUUUAACCAUGUUAGCUUAGACAAUGGGUUGGAAAACCACGCGCAAAAUAAUCUUUUUUGGGUGAUAUACAUCAUAUCCUUAAGUGGAAUAAAGGAACAUUUUCUUGACUUUGGAUUGAACAGAAUUUUGUAUACUAACGCAAUGUAAAUAGCAUGCAGAGAUUGUCAGAAGCUACAAGUAUUAUGGUAUGGCUGUAAAUAACAAUGUCAACUCGUGUUCAAUACUUUCUACACUGAAAGAUGACCCUGCGUUUGCUUAUCUAGGAAGCUGAGUGAGAACAUGGAAACAUUGGACUUAAUGUUAGAACAUCCACAUUCUUUAUACUGUACAUGUACAUACGUUUAUUUAAUAUCAUCGUUAGUGUAUCGUUUUGGUCAUCUUUAUGGAAUCAGCCUAAAGAUAUUUAUUUUUACCCAUUACCCUACAUGUAGUAUUAUACUCAGAUGCAAAACUACAACCUUUUAUGGAUGCAUUGAUAGGAAAAUGAUACGAACUCGAAUCAGCGGAUUCUUCUCUUAUAGAACCAACACCAGGACCUAAAUAUCUCGACAUACGAAAUGACAUCAAAAGUUACGAUUAUGUUCAAUUGUAAUGCUUGAUGUAAAUUACAUAUUUUCGAAACAAAGAUGAUUUUUGCACAU